AAUAAACAGUAUAAUAUUUAUUAUUUUGCUGUUUAGUAAUGCAACUAAAAAUAUAUUAUGUAGCUUAAUUUAUUACUUAAGUUUUUCUAUAAAAUAGCUGUAUCUUUUCUAUCGCCUAAAUACAAUGGAGUUGCUUGUAGCAGGCUUUGACGACAUCAAGUUCAAUGUCGAAAUAGCUUUAGACGAACAACAUGGGGCUUUACCUCUGCCGUUCAAUGGAAUGGACAAAUCUAUCGCUGCAGUUUGUUCAUUUUAUCCAAAAGGUUCCUGUUCUAAAGGAGCAUUAUGUCCAAUGAGACAUGUACGAGGCGAUCGAACCGUUGUUUGUAAACAUUGGUUACGUGGUUUGUGCAAAAAAGGGGAUCAGUGUGAAUUCUUACACGAAUAUGACAUGACUAAAAUGCCUGAAUGUUAUUUCUAUGCUCGAUUUAAUGCUUGUCAUAACAAAGAAUGUCCAUUUUUACAUAUUGAUCCUGAAAGUAAAUUAAAAGACUGUCCAUGGUAUGAUCGAGGAUUUUGUCGCCAUGGCCCACAUUGUAAACAUAAACAUGUUCGCCGUGUGCUUUGUAUGAAUUAUGUUUCUGGAUUUUGUCCAGAUGGUCCAAACUGUAAAUUUGUUCAUCCUCGAUUUGAACUUCCGGCAUAUCAACAAUAUGAUGCUAAUCAGAAAGAUUCAAAAAAACUUGUAGUAAUAUGUCAUUUUUGUGGUGACACUGGGCAUAAAGCUAUGUACUGUCAUAAAAUGGUAUCAGAUCUUGUAAAAAUUAAACCAGAGCUGGAGGUCAACAAUGAACCAUUGCCAACAAAUGCUCAAGCAGGAUUUGCUAGAAAAUUGAAACCAUUAGAAGAAGUCACAUGCUAUAAAUGUGGAUUUAAGGGUCAUUAUGCAAAUAAGUGUCCAAAGGGGCAUUUAGCUUUUUUAUCUUUGCAACAAAACCAGGCACUCCAGAACAACCAAGGUGCAUGAUACAAGAAGUGAACCUUAAAAUUUUAAUUAAAUGGUACGUGACGCUGGUAUCCGCAAGUUUGAAAUUCAACUCUAAAACAACUUCAGUACCUAAUUGUUAUAUAAUUUGUACAAAUUUGUAACCACAAUUCCAAAAUGAUACUUUCAGAAUUAUUAAAAUAUGAUGAAAUUGUUGUUAUUUUAUACCGAUUGAAUAAAAAAAAGAAAAAGAAAAGCUAAAACGAUAAGGCGUUUUUGGGUAUAUCCUUCAAAUAUAAAGAGACCACAAGAAGGCACUUUCAGGUUAAUUUUCUAACUUUGAGCCCGUGAGGGUAUACCAGGAACAUUUUUUAAAUAGUAUCACAUAAGAAUUACUACGUUUGAUGAACUAGAAAGAGACUUUAAAUUAAAUAUAUGUACCUACAUGCAAAAUUUGUUUUUUUUUACAAUUUUUGUAACAAUAAAUGUUUACUUCAUAUAAUUGGUCUUGAAGUACAUAUUUAUCUAUAAUUAUGUGAAGUUAUUAUAAUUAGUUAAUGUAAAAUCAACUAUUAUUGGUUCAGUGUUUAAUUAGCUAUCACUGAUAGUUAGACAUCACUCACCGGACUAUACUUGAAAAAGAAGAAAAUAUUUUGCAUAUGGCCAUUGGCCAUCUCGCCUGAAGAUUCCACCAUUUAAUUAUUAUUGUAUUAUAACGCACGUUAUUGUACAUCAUUCAUUAAAACAAUAAACAUAAUAUAAUAAAUAUGCAAGAAAAGCUUUUUUUAAUUUAUUUUAAUUUAUUUGUUUUGUGAAUGAUUCAUUAUGAUAAUCAAAAUGUAUAUGUAUUAAAGUUAUUAU